AUUGUAUUUAGAAAUAUGCAUUUUAUGACAAGCCAUUUCUGUUGUGUAUCGGAGCGCAAGAAGUGGUAGGGAUGGAGUGUGAGAGAGAGAGAGAGAGAGAGAGAGAGAGAGAAAGAGAGGGACUGCGCUUAGAGCUGGAGUGCGCGCGGGAUAGCACACCGGCUGGAUCGCGGAGUCGCGAGGAUGGAGAUCCGACCAGACAGGUUUAAGGCGGUUGCAGCCAAGAAUCUGGGAAAGAUACACAGAAUCCUAGAAAAGCGUCAGCCCAAUGGCGAGACCAUCGAGCUUUCGGCCGAGGGCCGCCCAGAGCUUGUGGAGGAGAAGGAGAUGCCCGUGGUGGACUGCACCUGUUUCGGCCUUCCCCGUCGCUACAUCAUCGCCAUCCUCUCAGGCCUGGGCUUCUGCAUCUCCUUCGGCAUCCGCUGCAACCUGGGCGUGGCCAUCGUCAGCAUGGUCAACGACCACACCGUCUGGAAGGGUAACAAGGAGGUCCUGGUGGCAGCACAGUUCAGCUGGGAUCCAGAGACCGUGGGGAUGAUCCACGGGUCCUUCUUCUGGGGAUACAUCGUCACACAGAUUCCCGGAGGUUUUAUAUGUCAAAAAUAUAAAGCUAACAAAGUGUUUGGCUUCGCCAUAGUGGCCACAUCCACUCUCAACAUGCUGAUUCCAUCUGCUGCUCGUACACACUACAGCUGUGUCAUACUAGUCAGGAUAUGCCAAGGCCUCGUCGAGGGUGUAUCUUACCCAGCAUGCCAUGGGAUCUGGGCCAAAUGGGCCCCGCCUCUAGAGAGGAGUCGACUGGCCACAACAGCAUUCUGUGGUUCCUAUGCGGGAGCUGUGGUGGCCAUGCCUCUUGCUGGAGUGUUGGUUCAGUAUGUAGGGUGGCCUUCAGUCUUCUACGUCUAUGGCAGUUUUGGGAUAGCAUGGUAUCUGUUCUGGAUCCUGGUGUCGUAUGAAAGCCCAGCAGCCCACCCCACUAUCACCCCUGAGGAGAGGAAGUACAUCGAGGAAGCCAUCGGAGAGUCAGCAGGUUUUGCCAAUCCUCUACAGAAAUUCAAAACCCCGUGGAGAGCAUUCUUCACGUCCAUGCCGGUGUACGCCAUUAUCGUAGCCAACUUCUGCAGGAGCUGGACUUUCUACCUGCUUCUCAUCAGCCAGCCGGCCUACUUCGAGGAAGUGUUUGGCUUUGAGAUCAGCAAGGUGGGGAUGGUGUCGGCCUUGCCACAUCUGGUGAUGACCAUCGUUGUGCCCAUUGGGGGACAGCUGGCCGACUACCUUAGAACACACAACAUCAUGACCACCACUAAUGUCAGGAAGCUCAUGAACUGUGGAGGGUUUGGAAUGGAGGCCACUUUCUUGCUGGUGGUGGGAUACUCUCACACCAAGGUCAUGGCCAUCUCCUUUUUAGUCAUCGCUGUGGGCUUCAGUGGAUUUGCCAUCUCAGGUUUCAACGUGAAUCACUUGGAUAUUGCCCCCCGCUAUGCCAGCAUUUUGAUGGGCAUUUCCAACGGAGUGGGCACCUUGUCGGGUAUGGUGUGCCCUCUUAUAGUGGGCGCCAUGACCAAACACAAGACGCGUGAAGAUUGGCAGGGUGUCUUCCUCAUCGCUUCAGUUGUUCACUAUGGUGGAGUGAUUUUCUAUGGAAUCUUUGCGUCAGGGGAGAAGCAGCCGUGGGCGGACCAGGAGGACACUAGCGAUGAGAAGUGUGGCAUCAUCGAUGAGGACGAACUGGCCAAUGAGACGGAAGAGAUGUACCGCACAGGCGGAGGGGGGCAGUACGGAGCCAUGAGCCAGCCAACAGCGGGCCCCAACGGAGGAGGGGGUGCUGGAGGGGCAGGGUGGGUCCAGGACUGGGAGAAGACGGAGGAAUAUGUUCAACCUCCGGGAUACAACCAGUAUCUCUACGGAGGGGAGGGAGAGAGGGAGCUCACAUAAUGCCCUAUUCAGACUUGAGAUAAGUUGACUAAACAUGGACCUAAGUCUAAAAAGGCUGACUUAAGUCCAUGAUUUAUUGACUUAAGUUCAUGUUAAGUAUACAGUAACUUUCUCAAGUCUGAAGAGUGGGGAGAUGGGGAAAAGAGAGAGAGAGCGAGAGAGAGGUGAAAUAAGAAAGGACAGAUGUUUUGGAAAAAGGACAUGUAGUGAGGGAAGAUAGAGGGUUAGCAAAUUGUCAUAGGUGUGUUUUUGUAUAUACGUACAUUUACACAUGUGGGACAUCAUAUGAAUUUUAUGCAUUUGUGUAAGUGUGUGAGAGCGUGUGUGUGUGUGUGUGUGGGGGGGGGGGUGAUGAUAAUGUUGUAUGUUGUGGUCCAGAACCUGAACUAAUCUCCCAUAAUUCCCUCCUGCUCUUGAACCCUUUGUGACAAGUCAGGAGUGGUGCUUUGAAGGAAUUAAAUGUUUUCUUGUAGAUGUUGCUCAGCAUUCCAGUGUGUGUGUGUGUGUGUGUGUGUGUGUGUGUGUGUGUGUGUGUGUGUGUGUGUGUGUGUGUGUGUGUGUGUGUGUGUGUGUGUGUGUGUGUGUGUGUGUGUGAGGAACAUUUUGCCUGUUGAACCUGAAACUCUUAUUGGGCCACUGUUGCUCACUCAUCAGUUGAGUUUAAUUUACAUGUAAUUUACUUUCAAACGAAUAAGUCUCCAUGAGCAGUCUGUCGGAUUUGUGGGUGUGUCUGGAAAUCAAAUGUAAGUGUCUCGUUUUUGAAAAGCUUGUUGUUUAUAAGCAUGGGUGGUAUGGAUGCGACUCAACCCAAAGCUUAUUUUCUAUUGCUACUGGCCAAUGUUGCACACAGCAGUCCAAUGUUUUCGAGCAUCGGCAAAGUGGGCAUUAUAUCCAUGAGGAAAGGCCAUUGGUUACUCCACUGAAUCCUGUCAGAGAGCAGUUAAAUGGUGCUCCAGAAUUCUGUCAUUAUUGUCAUAUUACCCUCUCAGUAUUUUAGGCAUUUUGCCAAAAUCACUGAACGCACUUAUAUGUAGAAGUCAAUAUUUACUGUAUGUAGGCUACUGUUCCUUUCUAUAUACGUUUCUAUGUAUUAGGCAGUGCUCUAUACUAACUAGUAAACAAACUAAAAUUUGACCAACUGGGGACAUUUUGUUGGUCCCCCAUAAGAUCAAAUGCUAUUUCUAGGGGGUUUAGGGUUAAGGUUAGAGUUAGAGUUAGUGUUAGGGUUAAAAUUAGGGUUAGGGUUAGGAGCUAGGGUUAGGGUUAAGGUUAGGGUAAGGGUACAGGUUAGGGUUAGGUAUAGGGGUUAGGGAAAAUAGGAUUUUGAAUGGGACUGAAUUGUAUGUCCCCACAAGGUUAGCUGCGCAAUACUGUGUCUAUGUAUGUGUGUGUGUGUGUGUGUGUGUGUGUGUGUGUGUGUGUGUGUGUGUGUGUGUGUGUGUGUGUGUGUGUGUGUGUGUGUGUGUGUGUGUGUGUGUGUGUGUGUGUGCGUGCGUGCGUGCGUGCGUCGGGUGCAGGUGCUGGAACAUUGUGCGGUGAGCAUGCUGUGAUGAUGGUUCCAUGGGUGCAGUGAGUGCACCACACAACGUGGCCAUGUGUCCACGUGUGACAAGAGAAGUAAUAAUGACUUAGGAUGUUAAUGUGUGACCACACGUUGCUGUAUUAUUUCUAUUGAUGAAACUUGUCGGCCUGUUAGUGAAUGACUGACUGUCGGUGAAUUGUGUGUUAACCUUUUGUGCAGUGAUGGAAAAAAUGUGCGGUUGCCAUUGUACCACAGCGUGCAAUGUGUGUCUAAUACUGGUCUUUAACAAUACGAACUGUAUCUUCAGGUGUGGGUGUUCUGUCAUAUUAUACAGUGUACGUUUGCGAGGCUAACGGGGACUGUAUGCUCUACGUGUCCUGAACAGAACAUUUCAGCAACCAAUCCUGGACUUGUUACUAUAGUUGUUGUUGUUUUUCUGUUGGUUUCUUACUUUCCUGUUUCCGUGUUCUCCUCUGUCUUGUGGAAACGUACGAUUACCUGUUGGGGAAACAACAUGUAAAAACACAUACAGAUAUAUACAUACAAAAACACAGAAAAAAUAUGACAUGUAUGAAAUAUGUAUAUGUGUAAAAUAAAAGGUGUAUA